AUCAACACAAGAUGGCAGCUGUUCUACUUUUCACGUUGGAAAUGUUCUAUUUGAUCCAAACCAGAGGUACGUGGAAGAUAUAGAUGUUCGAUUGAUAAAAAUGCUGAAGAAAAGUGCUGAUCUGUGGCCUUUAACCAAAGGAAAUAAGAGGACGCAAGCUUGAGACAAUGAUCAACCAACUUGGCGUGUACCAUGUGUUACCUGCAUACCCAAGGGGCCGCUGUCCAUUUUCAAUGUGACCGGCAUUACAAAUAGGAGAACCGAACCCACACCCUCUGGGUUAGGGGGCAACUACUCCACCACUGAGCCACACCACCCCAGAGUGCAUAUUGGCAACACCUGCCGACUGCCCAAGUUUUGAGACGCUGCGGGAAGCACAGACCAUCAUGGCUGACUCUGCAACGGGUGAGGAGCUCCUCCGACCGGUGCCCCGCGAGCAGGCCAUCUUGGAAAGCUUCUUUACGCAACUAGGCAUGUUCUCCUUCGACCGCGCCAAGGACUACGUGGAGAAAGAAAAGGACAACAGCAGCCGCAGCUCCGGCGCCGUGUGGACGGCGCUGCUGGCCGCCAUGGCUCACCUGGCCGCCGCCGAGAAGGCUUACCACAACAUGACCUUCCUGGGACAGAAAAUGGGAGGUCAGUCAUUCUUCAGCCGCAAGGAUUCCACGCGCACCAUCUACACGUCCCUUCACAAUGAGCUGCGCAAGGUGGUGGCGUCGGGGCGGCACGGCCAGCCGGCGUCGUACCUAGAGGAGCUGCUGUGCCACCUGGCCGAGCAGCUCUGCCACUUUGCGCAGGCCCGCGUGGACAUGGCCGAGCUCUACGAGAAGAUGCACGCGAUGGCCGCGCAGAAGAAUGUAAACAGCGAGGCUCUGGCGAACGCGCUGGACGCCGUCACGAACAAGUACAGCUCCAAGUUCCACCACCCGAUUCUGGGCCGCUUGGAGGAAAGCUUCCAGACGGAGGCGGAUGUGGUGACGCAGCUGCUGCGAUGCCAGGCGCAGGUGUCCGAGUGGCGAUUCCUGCCCUCGCUGCUCAGCCUGCACGGUGCCGCCGCCAAGCUGGCGGCGUGGGGUCAGCUCUUCCAGCGGCAGAAGGAAACGCGGAAGCAUCUUUUCGGAGGUCAGUCCCAGAAAAGCGUCCAGCCGCCACACCUGUACCUUUGGCUGCAGCGCUUCCAGUCAUCCCUCUUGGCCAAGUUCAGCUUCUACUUCCACGAGGCGCUAAGCCGGCAGACGGCGCCGGCCGACAUGCGUGCCUUGACGGCGCGCGCCGCCCCCGACUACCACGGCAAGAUCUGCUCGUUCGUGCGUAAGCACGACGCCGGCAGCGUCUCGCUGGUGUUCGACAACCGCGGCUCGGCCAGUUUCCAGGGCCACGGCUACCACCACCCGCGCUCUUACCGGGAGGCCCCCAAGGGCGUGGAACAGUUCCCCGCCGUGGUGUCGCUGCCGUCGGGUGAGCGCCCGCUCGCGCACUGGCCCAACGUGGUGAUGAUGAUGGGCGACCGCGCCGCCGAGCUCAACGCGCCGGACAAGGUGGUGCACUUUUACGACGACAAGGUGCAGAGCACCUACUACCUGGCUCGGCCCGAGCCGCAUUUUACGUUGGUGGUUAUCCUGGACGGCAAGAAGUCUGACAGGGACCUCAACGUGGUGGCCUUCCUACAGGAGAUUUGCGCCUCGCUGCGCAACUCCAAACCCUUCGCCAGCCUCAAGCCGGGGUCCAAGGGCUGAUUGGAAAGGAGCUCUGAGGCUCUCUUUUCUUUGACCCCUAAAAGAUUUUUUUUCUGCCUGUACUCUCUAAAUAAAAUGAAAAGCCACAAUCACAGCCUUGAUGAUGAAUGGUGGAUUAAAAAUAAAAAAAGGUCAAGUAAUUGUACUAGCAGUUCAAGUACAUGUACAGUGCCUUGCAAAAGUGCAAUUGUGAAGUGGAACAAAAUUUAUUGGAUAAUUUAAACUUUUUUAACAAAUAAAAAACUGAAAAGUGGGGCGUGCAAUAUUAUUCGGCCCCCUUGCGUUAAUACUUUGUAGCGCCACCUUUUGCUCCAAUUACAGCUGCAAGUCGCUUGGGGUAUGUUUCUAUCAGUUUUGCACAUCGAGAGACUGACAUUCUUGCCCAUUCUUCCAUGCAAAACAGCUCGAGCUCAGUGAGGUUGAAUGGAGAGUGUUUGUGAACAGCAGUCUUCAGCUCUUUCCACAGAUUCUCGAUUGGAUUCAGGUCUGGACUUUGACUUGGCCAUUCUAACACCUGGAUACGUUUUUUUUUUUAACCAUUCCAUUGUAGAUUUGGUUUUAUGUUAUGUUUUGGAUCAUUGUCCUGUUGGAAGAUAAAUCUCCGUCCCAGUCUCCGGUCUUGUGCAGAUACCAACAGGUUUUCUUCCAGAAUGUUCCUGUAUUUGGCUGCAUCCAUCUUCCCGUCAAUAUUAACCAUCUUUCCUGUCCCUGCUGAAGAAAAGCAGGCCCAAACCAUGAUGCUGCCACCACCAUGUUUGACAGUGGGGAUGGUGUGUUCAGGGUGAUGAGCUGUGUUGCUUUUACGCCAAACAUAUCGUUUUGCAUUGUGGCCAAAAAGUUCAAUUUUGGUUUCAUCUGACCAGAGCACCUUCUUCCACAUGUUUGGUGUGUCUCCCAGGUGGCUUGUGGCAAACUUUAAACGAGACUUUUUAUGGAUAUCUUUGAGAAAUGGCUUUCUUCUUGCCACUCUUCCAUAAAGGCCAGAUUUGUGCAGUGUACGACUGAUUGUUGUCCUAUGGACGGACUCUCCCACCUCAGCUGUAGAUCUCUGCAGUUCAUCCAGAGUGAUCAUGGGCCUCUUGGCUGCAUCUCUGAUCAGUUUUCUCCUUGUUUGAGAAGAAAGUUUGGAAGGACGGCCGGGUCUUGGUAGAUUUGCAGUGGUCUGAUGAUCCUUCCAUUUCAAUAUGAUGGCUUGCACAGUGCUCCUUGAGAUGUUUAAAGCUUGGGAAAUCUUUUUGUAUCCAAAUCCGGCUUUAAACUUCUCCACAACAGUAUCUCGGACCUGCCUGGUGUGUUCCUUGGUUUUCAUAAUGCUCUCUGCACUUUAAACAGAACCCUGAGACUAUCACAGAGCAGGUGCAUUUAUACGGCGACUUGAUUACACACAGGUGCAUUCUGUUUAUCAUCAUCGGUCAUUUAGGACAACAUUGGAUCAUUCAGAGAUCCUCACUGAACUUCUGGAGUGAGUUUGCUGCACUGAAAGUAAAGGGGCCGAAUAAUAUUGCACGCCCCACUUUUCAGUUUUUUAUUUGUUAAAAAAGUUUAAAUUAUCCAAUAAAUGUUGUUCCACUUCACGAUUGUGUCCCACUUGUUGUUGAUUCUUGACAAAAAAAUUAAAUUUCAUAUCUUUAUGUUUGAAACCUGAAAUGUGGCGAAAGGUUGCAAGAUUCAACGGGGCCGAAUACUUUUGCAAGGCACUGUAUAGAGGCAAGGGCAUAGGUUUGGUCUUAAUAAUGGUAGGCAGGGCCGGCACAGCCUAUACGCAGGCUAUGCAGCUGCUUAGGGCCCCUGACCACAAGGGGGCCCCCAAUCUGGCAAUUGUUUAAUUUAUAUUCUAUUUUGUUUACUACAGUUUUCUUUAUCUGACUUGCGUGAGUUUUGAGACUUGAUUACAAACUUAAAAAAAUAAAAGUUCUUAACUUCUUUCUUUCCUCUUUUAGAAAAAGGUUUGGCGCUAUCUACUGUAAGUACUGACAAUCAUUUGGGGUGAGAAGUUUGAAGUAUGCAGUGCAACAAAAUCUGAUUAAUAUACAAAAUUUGGAUGGAUGGGUUGGAUUGCAUGUAUGGGUUUCACAGUACACUGUGACGAAAUGGUGGACCAAAAAUAUGGUACCCUUUGCAUUAUUUUGCUUGGGGCCCCCAAAUGGCCUGGGCCGGCCCUGUUGGUAGAGAUGAUACAGUAUAACAGCAAGACCUGCAUGUGUACUUUUUGCUGCAUAUGGACGGGACAUUAAUAAGACCAAACAUAUUUGGUGAAUGGUUGUCAGGGCUACAUUUCUCACCAAUACGAACCUAUAGGCUAAAUGAUUCAUGCAAAAUAAAUCUGUAUUGACCUCAACUAACUUUCACAGUGCAAAUUUAUAACAUCUUAAUCUGAUACUUUUUUUUUUUUUAAUCUAGUCAAAUAAUUCAUCUUUUUUUUGAGUGUUAAAGGCUAGUUAAUAGAUUAAAGCGUCAGAUUCUUCCAUUCAAGUAAAUAUUUGUUCAUAUUGAGCCCAUACAUCUAAAAGUUAGUCAUUUUUCACAUAAAUCAAGAAAAAAAAGUUUCAAAUUACAUUUUUGAACAAUAUUCUUGAAUUAAGAACAUUUCUGAUAUUUUUUUCUUUGAAGUUUAAAUAUACAAACUCCUGGCUUAUAAAUUGUGGUCAAAAGUUUACAUA